AUUGGCAAAAAGGGUAGAUCACCCUCCUCGAUCGAAGUUCAGAUCACCUCUCACUCAGUUUUGCGAUUACUCUCUGUCGAACCUCAUAUCACCUCGCUCCUUUAUUCUAUCUCUCUCUUUAGAACCUCAGAUCACCGUCCUCUCGUCGCCACCUUCGUCCUUCACUCCCUCCGUUCUUUGAGAUAUCUCUCCAUCAUCUUCAACCUUCAGCUCAGAACAUUUAGUAGAAAAGGUUGCCACUUUCAGCCAAACGCUCUGGAGGUCUCUCCGUUUUCAGCGACCUACGAAUGAAAGCAGGUUGUUUUGGACGAGGAAGAUCCACAAUUUCACUGUUAAGCAUUGAAAUGACUGUGGACAUGUUAGGUCUAUCUUUCGCAAAUUCUUGCACGCACAGCAAUCCCACAUAUAUGCACCUUAGAACCUCUUCAUCAUGAGAUGGAUCAGCGACCAUGUUAUCAACCAAAGCCAAAAUGUUGCCUUCAUUCCACAAUUUCCAAGCCUGGAAAGGGCAAAGGUUAGCUUUAAAAUGGGCGGGAAAGAAGGGCCAAUUAAACAUAAGGGUGAUGAAGGCAAGAGCUUAACUUACAUAUCCCACAAGGCUUAAAUGUUCAUCAUGGUCAAAACCGUUGUUUCUUUUCCCACUUACAAUCUCUAACAGUAAAACACCAUAGCUAUAUACGUCAGAUUUCUCUGAAAAUAGUCCUUCCAUCGCAUAUUCAGGAGGCAUAUAGCCACUACAUUAAACAUCAAACGAAAACCAUUAUUGUUCAAGCAUUUAUGGUGAUGUUAUUGGUUUGAGAAGUGUUUUGGUGUGAGAAAUGUCUACUUACUAUGUUCCAACAAUCCUUUUGGUAUUGGCUUGAUCUUCAUUGUCUCCAAAAAUCCUCGCCAACCCAAAAUCUGAAAUUUUUGGUUGUAACUUUUCAUCUAGUAAUAUGUUACUUGCUUUUAAAUCUCUAUGAAUAAUCCGCAGUCUAGAAUGUCGGUGUAAAUAAAGGAGACCUUGACUUAUUCCUUCAAUAAUGUUGAAACGUUUCCUCCAAUCUAGGAGUUCUUUCUUGAGCAAAUCUAUAUGGAAGAUGGAAGGAAAUGUUAAAAAUAGAAGAAAAAGAGUAAGGAUCAUUAUCAUCAGAAAUGAAUGUUACAGACAUUG